CACUGGGGCCUGGGAGGACCAGAUGACUGACUUCUGCCAAGCAAAGCUCCACUGGCAGAGAGGAGGGACUCCUGCCUAAUGCCCCGUCUAAGCCACAGACUUUCAACCCCGAGCCACUAUUACACAUCGUCUUUUCUGUGGGAGUCUUUCUCGAACAAUGCGCAUAAGGAUACGCCACUUUUUGGAUGAUAGAAUUUGUUUAUCAGCUGUUCCGUGAAAUGAUUAUAAUUAUGUCAGAGUCCUUUGGAUCAGUUCACUCUGUGAACACCAGUCACAACGUGGCUUGUAAUAUAGAGUAAACGAUGCUGGAUUCAUAGCAGUGUCUUCCUGCACCGCUGCAGUGGAGUUUUCUUUUGUGGAUCUAAUCCCGUGGACUGUAAUCCUUGUGGCUGGCAUUGACCCACUGGACCUCUAGUUUUCCUCCUCCACCCUCUUUCCCUUUAGAAGCUCAGGCCCUGGAUGAGGGUUAGAGGGGUGGUCGGCACUUUGCUAUGGCUCAUUCGUCUGACACGGCACGCAAAGACAUGACGAAUGGGGCUCAUCCCAGUGCCCAGCCAGGGCCCUCGGGCACUUCUACUCUCCCACGCUAUCUGCACAAGAAGCAGCAGCGCCAGAGAGGAGUGAGAUCUUCCUCUCCUAUGGGCAGGGUCAUCCUCAUCAAUGCACCUGUUGAUGGUGGGGAUGACAGUGAAGACAUCCACACAAUUACUGUGGACAAAAGUGAGGAUGGCAGGCUGGGCUUCAGCGUGCGGGGAGGCUCUGAACACGGCCUGGGAAUCUUUGUCAGCAAAGUGGAGGAUGAGAGCUCCGCAGAGUUGGCAGGCCUGUGUGUCGGGGAUAAGCUAGUCGAGGUGAAUGGCAUAAGUCUGGAGAGCAUCACCAUGAGCAGCGCAGUAAAAGUCCUGACAGGAAAUAAUCGUCUGCGCAUGGUGGUAAGACGUGUUGGGAAGGUGCCUGGUAUCCGCUAUUCGAAAGAAAAGACUACAUGGGUUGACCUGAUCCACCGAAGGAUGGUAGUGGAAGAAAGUGGUCGCACCCCUUCAGAGGCCAGUUCAGAUGGAGCCCUGCGCAGAAUAGUUCACCUCUACACAACCUCAGAUGACUACUGCCUGGGCUUCAACAUCCGCGGUGGCAAAGAGUUUGGCCUGGGCAUCUACGUCUCAAAGCUGGACCCCGGUGGCCUGGCAGAGCAAAAUGGAAUUAAAAUGGGGGAUCAGAUUCUGGCAGCCAAUGGAGUGAGUUUUGAGGACAUCACACACAGCAAUGCAGUAGAAGUGCUAAAGAGUCACACUCACGUGAUGCUGACCAUUAAGGAAGCUGGCCGAUAUCCUGCUUACAAGGAGAUGGUGGCAGAGUACAGCUGGCUUAAUAAAUUGGCUAAUGGAGGCCAGCCCUCCUCCUCCCAGGGUUCAGACUCCUACUCCUCCACUUCCUCUCUCUCCUCCGGGACGCCGGUCAGCUCUCUCAGCGGCCUCUCGCAGGUCAUGUUCCCCCCUGUAUUCGGCUCAGAGAUGGUGGAUGUGUGCAUCUCUACCGAGGACCGCUCACGUCGCCCCAGCUCUGAACGGAUAGAGACCGCCAUCCAAACGGACCCACCGGAGCCGGACGCCACAUCAAGAUCUAGUAGGGUCUUAACCACAGAAACCAGCCGAACGGUUGGUGAAACUGUCCUGUUAAAAGACACGGUGAUCCGCAGCGGGACUGCCAAAUCUCGGACAAGGACGUUCUCUGCUGGGGAUAAAGAGACUUUGGACUCUGCUAAAACGGCGGUCCUGAUGGCCCUGAGCAAGCCUCGCAAACCCAUCCGCCGAUCCCAGAGUCACAUCACUGUGUCAGAGGACAAGCUGAAGAAAAGGAAGCAUCAAAAGGACAAGGUAGAGACAGAAAGGAGCACCCUGCAGCGCUCCAAAACCUUUGUCAGCUUGCUCUUUAAAAGCGGACGCAGGAGGGAAAGGUCGUCCUCUAGAGACAGGAAGGACAAAGGGACAGGGGACGGACACAGAGGAAGAUCCAAAUCCCCGAAACAUUUAGAUAACGAACCUGGUAAAGAGCGGGGUCGACCCAUAAUUAACCUGUUGAGUUCUCCCAGAGAGACUCGUGCAGGCGUGAGGGAGCACAGCCCCAUCCCCAGCCCCGAGACCAUGGCCCUGUUGGAGGAUAUGGCCCGCAAACUGCUCAACGAGGAUGAGGUAGCGGCUGUCAUGAGACACUGUAAAAGGUUUCUAGUUGAUCGUGUGGUUGAGGAUCUGGUGCGCCCCCUGCUGGCCAUCUUGGACAAGCCUGAGAAGCUCCUGCUGCUGAGGGAGGUUAGAAUGAUCAUCCCUCCCACGGACCUGGGCCGGUUUGACAGCAUGGUUUUGCCCUUUGAGCUUGAGGCCUAUGACAUACUAAAAAACCGCUCUGUAAGGUCUCCUGUCCUACGUUCUCCACGUCAUGGUGGAACACCUCGUCGUCAUCUAAUAACUCCAAUCCCAGAUUACCGUGGCGGAUUCCACCUUCAGCCGGUGCAGGAUCUGGAGAGAGAACGGCAGCUCAUUGAAGAUCUGGAACGGCUGCGUUUGGCAGGUUUACCGACCGGACGACUUCCUCCUCCUCGAGCUUUCACUCCUCUCCUGGAUGUACCAGUGGACACUUACAUCACAGACUCGCUCCGUAAUCGCUCACUGAGCCCCGCUCGGCCCAGCUGGACUCACUCGGAGUCUCCUCACGGCACGGGACGCGUCGGACGCUCACCCCAGAGAAGAGACAGCGUUUUCCCCAGGACAUCACACCAUGACUCUUUAUCCAGCAGGGGUGAUUCUGCCCCUGAGCGAGGGAGAUCUCCUUAUAGGAAUGGACAUCGAAUGAAAACAGACAAAUCCCAGAAUGGUAAAGAGGUAAAGCAUACUGUAAUGAGUGCACAACGCCGGAGCAGGACACCACUGACACAGGUGUUUGCGCCCAGCUCGGAUCAGGACUGGAAAGAACCAGUGAAUGGACAUUCAGACAGCCAAGAAACCCCACCAGAGCAGGAGUAUGAACUAACCACAGUUACUAUUUCUAAGACCAAACAGUCCCUUGGAAUAAGCAUCUCAGGUGGGAUUGAGUCAAAGGUGCAGCCAAUGGUGAAAAUAGAGAAGAUCUUUCCAGGAGGAGCAGCAUCUACUAGUAACGUUCUAAAGGCUGGAUUCGAGCUGAUGUCGGUUGACGGAGAGUCCCUCCAAGGUGUUACACAUCAGCAUGCGGUGGAUGCCAUUCGAAGGGCUUUCAGCAACAAGGCCAAAGACCCCAUGGAGUUUAUCGUCAAAGUUCCCAAGAACCCGAGGGACUGACUGAAAACAGCCUAAAACUCAAUGAGUUUGCAGUAAAGGCCUCAGUAUACUUACGGCAAAGUUCUCUUUCAUUCUUCAGGAAGUAAAAGUAAAAGGAAGUUUGAAAUACGCAAUGCCUGAAAAUCAUGAGAGCAGCGAUUAGAUGAAUAUGUAAUCAUGAGCAACACACUCUUUUCUCAAUAACAAAAUAAAUACAAAAAGACAGAAUUAAGCAGUUAAAAACAGCAGUUAAAGGGACGGUGCACCCUACUGUAUUAUAUAAUUGCCACGGACCAAUGAGAGUUUGAAGAUGCUUACAGCCGAAGAAAACUUUUCUGUCAAGUUGCUUUGAAUUCCAGAAACAAACUCUAACUUUUGGCCUGAUUUUGUUUAGAAAGAUAUUACACCAGUUCUUGAAUUUUGCUUGAAGUAUAUCAGGGUCUUAGUUCUGCAGUGUAUAAAUGAAGGACACAUGCUUGGUUUGAAGGAGAAAUCAAGGCAUCAUGUCCGGUAGAGCAAGAAUCCAAAAAUGGGCUUCCAGAGAGUGCUAUUGGCCAUUUACAGAUGCUGACCUUAUCCCUUCCUGUUGAAAGUUAUUUGCUUUUGAAUCUGUUCUUUUUCUAUUUUCAAUUCAUUCCAUAAAGUCUAAUUAAACAGUCAUAACUCAUCAUUUCCACCAUUAAACGAUCUGAAACCCUGUAUAAACAUGAGAUAUUAAGGGUUUCUAUUUUUGGUUGCAGUUUAAGCCUGGAGCUAGAUAAGAGUGGACUGACAUGACAUGCUUAUAAUCAUAAGUCAUAACACUAUACCCAUCCAUCUGGGUUACAGUCAUGCCUGAGAGAGAUUACACACAGCCACAGUAUGGAUUGAGAUUGAGAUUAGGUCUUUUUUUCUUUCUUUUAAAUUGCUGGUUUGGUUUAGUGAAUGUCUGGGGGAUUAUUACAAAUGAGUAUCUCUGUCUCAGUUCACAUGCUAUGCUCUAAGAGAAUUUCUAUUUUUGGCAACUUAUGCUUAUACUUAGCAUUUCUUUUUUAUAUUUGUGCCUUAAAGCUGCACAUAUGGACUGUGCAAUUGAGAUCUAAACGUUGUGAUGAUUGUAAGAUCAGUGUUAUAUACUGAACGUUUUUCUCUGUACGCAUCUGAAAAGCAUCUGGUCUGCAUUUUUGCAAUUUGUUUUAUUACAAGUCAUUGUGUGAUUAUAAAUAAAAAGGUUAAAUAU